GGCCUGCGGCGUCAUGCACGGGGCUCGCAGACAGGAGCAGCGCGAGGCGACCCUGAAACAGUUUCGCGCAAGCUACAUCCGAGUUCUGAUCACCACAGAUGUUCUUGGCCGUGGCGUGGACAUUCCCGACGUCAAUCUGGUCUUCGUUUACGACUUCCCGUCCGACAUUGAAACAUAUGUUCAUCGAGUGGGUCGCACAGGGCGCAAUGGUCAACCAGGGUGCGCCGUGUCUCUGUUUGUGCCCGAGUCCUGGAAUGCUUUUUUGGCUCGUGAAUUGACGGAAGUGCUGGAUGCCUGCCACCAGGAAGUGCCAAUGGAGCUCU